UACUGUUCAUAUCAAUAUGGCUUCUGUCACUCACACAAAGGCAAAUGAUAUUUUGCUGUGAGCUGCGGGUUUGAUGAUUGAAGAGGAGGGUAGAGAGAGCGAGAGAGAGAGAGAGAGAGAGAGAGAGAGAGAGAGAGAGAGGCGGACAUGUCGCGCUGUGUUUGGUGACAGAGGGACUUUUACGACGCGUUUUGUUCCGGGACCAAAAUUCCUCGUAAAUAAAUUAAAUGUUAUGGUGGACGGAGGCCGAGCUGAAGAAUGUCACAUUACACCGACGAGCCUCGCUUUACCAUCGAGCAGAUCGAUCUGCUGCAGCGGCUGCGCGGGAGCGGCAUGACGAAGCAGGAGAUCCUACAUGCACUGGACACGUUGGAGCGUCUGGAGCGCGAGCAUGUGCAGAAGUUUGGCCCACGUCACCCCCAUGCUGGAGGGACGAGAGGAGGAGGAGGAGGUGGAGGCGUCGGCAGCCACGGCAGCUCCAGUUCCGCGGCACCGUCCAGCACCGCUCCCACUUCGCCUUCAUCUGCCUCUGUGGCCACUCAGACCGUGUUCCACGGCAGUACUCCGUCCCCGUCACCGACCAGCUACGACACCUCACCGCCCCCCACCAUCACCGUGCCCAUGGGUGUGGUGGCGCUGGCAGCUCAAAACGGCCGCGACAGCUUAGCGCCUGUCAGCAAUGGGAAGCUGUCGCCUACUCAGUAUCCCGUACCUGCUCGGGCCUUCGGCUUUGAGCCCGCCGAGGAGGAAGUGGACAUCGAUGACCGCGUGGAGGAGCUCAUGAGAAAGGACAGUAAUAUAAUUAAAGAGGAGAUCAAGGCCUUCUUAGGGAGCCGGAGAAUUUCACAAGCCGUCGUCGCUCAAGUCACAGGCAUCAGUCAGAGUCGGAUCUCCCACUGGCUCCUGCAGCAGGGUUCUGACCUGAGCGAGCAGAAGAAGAGAGCCUUCUAUCGCUGGUACCAGUUGGAGAAGACCACACCUGGUGCCACUCUGGCUAUGAGACCCGCCCCCAUGGCACUGGAGGACAUCGUAGAGUGGCACCAGAGCGCUCCGCCCAUCAACUGCAGCCCCGGGAGCUUCCGCCUGCGCCGUGGCAGCCGCUUCACCUGGAGGAAAGAGUGUCUCGCUGUCAUGGAGAGUUACUUUAAUGACAACCAGUAUCCUGACGAGGCCAAGAGGGAGGAAAUCGCCAACGCCUGCAACGCCGUGAUACAGAAGCCAGGGAAGAAGCUCUCUGAUCUAGAGCGGGUCACGUCUCUAAAAGUGUACAACUGGUUUGCGAACCGGCGAAAGGAGAUUAAGAGAAGAGCCAAUAUAGAAGCAGCAAUCCUGGAGACUCAUGGGCUUGACGUGCAGAGUCCAGGUGGUCACUCCAACAGUGACGAGAUCGACGGCAACGACUUCAGCGAGCCGGGCGCCGAGCCGGGGUUAGGGACGGACGAGAGCACGGGAGCGAGCGAGCACCAGGACCCCAUCAGCCUGGCAGUGGAGAUGGCGGCAGUCAAUCACUCCAUCCUGGCGCUGUCACAGCAGGGCAGGGGCGGCAGCGACGUCAAGGCCGAGGUGCUUGAUGACGACUGAGGACUCUUUCCAUACACAAACACACACACACAGCAUCGCAUUCACACACUGUAUCUGCCAAAGGAGGAGACGGCUCUGGGACGAGGAGUUGGGGAGCCAUGUGAUGCUAGUUUUGCAACUAUUUAAAGCAUAUGUUCAAAAUUUAAUAUAAUAUUUAUAGGAAAAUUAAACAUUUAAUUAAUUCUGUUAAUAUGUACAAGUUGUUUAAUCCUCCUUCCUGUGGAAGACUUGUGGGAAACUAACACUCUUAAAUGCAUGCUAGUUACACUAGUUCAAUUUCUCAGGCCUUUGUAAACAAACAAAGCCUUUUUAUUUUGGAAAAGGAAAAAACAACAUGUCAGCUUUCCUCCUACAGCCUUUACUGUAGUAUUUAAAUAGGUUCUGUGGCCUAGAAAUGAGCUAUUUAUCAAAUUUGGCCAUUAAAAUCCCAAAAAGUGAAAAAAAACAAAAACAAACAACGUGUUACAAAAAAAAGCCGUUUAUUAUUUCCAGCGCCCUCUGCUGCUUGCAAACUAAAUUACAGUCGCAGUGACAUAUUUCCCAUUUGCCCAGCACUGACUCCACCCCCUUUAUCCAAACCUUUUAGGGUUAAAGGAAUGCUGGAGGCGGAGCUGAUUUUCAGGCCAGAAAUAUUUAAACACAAGUCUGAAAAUCAGAAUGAACCAAAAUAGAGGAUAUUACACAUAAAAAAAAUUAGAAACCUCACCUUUAAGGCAAACAUUAGUGUGUUACCUAAUAUUUUAGAUGGAAAAGUAUCACUCCCCUUUUCCUUCUCUCUCUCUCUCUCUCUCUCUCUCUCUCUCUCUCUCUCUCUCUCUCUCUCUCUCUCUCUCUCUCUCUCUCCGUCUCCUCCUCUGUAAGUUUAACACUGAUCUUCAUCACCUCCAGGCUGGAUGUCGUGACCUCUUGUCGUCUAGCUGCCUGUAAACACGACUCUCCUCAAUAGUCCUGAGAUCACAUGAGCCUUAUCAAUGAUCAUGUACUUCAUCCUCCUCUUUAUCAUCAUCAUCAUCAUCACCGCCACUCGCCCAGGGUCUGCUACACAUCUUAGGCUUCUUUAAAAGCAAUCGGACAAAUGCUGUUAAUCGUACCAUGUGUAACCUCAUAGUAUUGUGGAUCAGGGUGCUGUUUGGAACUCUACAGAGAAUCGGGUGUAAACACAGAGGCCCUGAUUUACAUAAGAAGUGGGCGUGGUUUUAGAGGAUGAACCUAUAUGAAAGUUUUUUGCGUCUCCGAUAUAAGUUCGAUUCAAAACUACAAACUAUUAAUGCAAAAAUUAAAAGUAUAAUCAGUUCACUAUGUACCUUUAACGUGCACGUGUUCAAUAGGAAAUUUAGAUUUUAACGUGGACGCGCUUUCAGAGUGGGAGGGGCUUAAUGUCUCUUCCAUGUCAUUCAUGACGACGCUAGCCAAUCCUGGGUGUCCUCGAGGAAACACCUCCUCUAUUUAAACCCUAUCGUCAUGGAUACACUGUACAUCAUUUUAAGACGCUUUUAUUAUCCUAAUCUGGCGUAGGGUCUAAAUUUAAACCUUCUUCUGAUCAAAUUUUACCUGCCGUCAGGUUGUGUUCAUUUACACACUGCUCACGGAGUGGCUUUCAGGUUUAAUAAAUCACACUGUAGGUGCUAAAUUUUGCUUCACCACUUGCUAUUUAGUAUAGAUUGAAAAUCGCAGUGUGGUCGAUUUUUCUUUAAUACACACGCAAAGCUUUAAGUAAAGCAGGACGUGUGACUGUAGAUGCAUCACUCAGAGCUCGAACUGGAUGAUGAUCGCAGGUGAACCUUCAGAUCGUGUACAGAAUUUAACACGCAUGCGCAGAACUAAUAACGUCGGUUUCUCGGUUUAAAGUAUUUUGUCCAAAUUACUGGAGCGGAUUUAAAGCAGUGAAAAGAAAACAACGUGUGUUUGCUUGUCUGAUCGAAGGAUAGCGUGUAAACGUGAAACUGACAUCAUAGAUAAAAAUGAAGCUGAAUGAACUGAAACCUUAACAACGUUAAUUAAAGGGAAAUAACGUUAAAAUUCAUGAUUCAUUUUAAAGCGUGGAAGGGAAUAACAUGUGAAUAAAAUGUUCAGCAGUUUGGAUUAAAUGAAAGAUUUUAUUUUUCAGAAUUCUCGAUUUCAGGAAAUCAUUUCACCGUUUGUUAGUGCGGACUGUUUACUUUGUGUUGCCUGUGGAGUAAAAAAAAAAGCUCCUUAAAUGUUUUGGUUAAUUGAGAAGGAUGCUUUCGACAAUCUUUAAUUUUCUCGUUCACAGCGAUGUGUUCGAGGUUUCUUUUUCGCGUGUGUGUGUGUGUGUGUGUGUGUGUGUGUGUGUGUGUGUUUCAUCAUCAGCACUUAAUAUUUAUUUCAUGACCUCUGAAAGCGCUUGUCAGCUCGAGUCUGACGCGGAUCUGACCUCUGAUAGUAAUCCCUUUAUUCCGUCCAAACGUUUCGUGUUUAGUUCUCACACUUCUCUCUUUAGUGAUGUCAGAGAGGAACCCAAACGGUACCGGAACCACAACCCAAAUCCUGCGAUCAGGGUGAACGAGCAGGCGGACAUUUCUGUUCGACAGGAAAUCAGGAGCUUGACUGUCCUGUCGAUCUGUCCGUGUUUAAUAUGUGAAUAUAUUAAAAUCUAUAUAAAUCUAUAAAUAUUCUACGACGCAAAUACUGUUGUAUCAACUGCAGAUAGUUAAAUCCUGUAACUUCUAUUUCAGAAUUUAGUGCCUUUUUUUGGACAGUAGACUGUUCAGUAAUUAAUAUGUAGUAUAUGUUUGCUUUAUGACUUUUUUAAGACUUUUUUUUUAAACCUGUGUUUAUUUUAGUACUGUAUCUUCUAGAGAAUAAAGUCUAAAUCAAUGACGAGCUCUAAACUGCAGAUGCUUCUUUUGUAAAUAAACAGUUCAUUCCUAA